AUUUUCCUCCGUGUGUGUGGAGCGAUAUAAGUGCAUGUGUAUAUAUAUAGAUAGGUUAAACAAGAUCCAUCAGAGAGAGUAGGUGGACCUCGUUACGGGAAGUCUCACAGAUCAUUUCGUGAGUGGGAUUACACCGAAGUAUCCCGACGCUCGGACGCGGACGCUCUUCCAGUGUGUUAGUGGACUUUAAAUCUACCUUCAACACAGCACUGCCUCAGACACUUCUCCACCCGCUUGCUACAAGGAUAUGUGUACAGUGACGAUCUAAAGACUACCGACUACACGAUGGGUGACACCACGGCGAACAACAACGUUGCAGCAGACGACGACUCAGUCGUUGACCCUGCCACCGGACUCACCCUCCGUCAGAAGAACCUGAUAAUACAAAGCUGGGAGAUUAUCGGCUCACGUCAGACGCAGAAGAAGAAUGGAGUACAGUUAUUUCUGGACCUCUUCACAGCUUAUCCCGACCAACAGGGAUUUUUUCCUUUGUUCCACGACAAGUCUGUAGAAGAACUGGCGACAAGUUCUAAGAUGCGUGCCCAUGCAACCACCGUCAUGUAUCAGAUAGGGUCUCUUGUGAGUAACCUGGAUGAUCCGGAGUGCUUGGUGGCUCUGAUAGAGAAGGUGGCGAACAACCACCUCAAAAGGGGAAUCAGAAUGAAGGAGUUUGAGGAGUUGAGGACAAUGUUUAUACCGUUCCUGAAGAAGAGUCUUGGAGACGAAGCGACACCGGCCCUCCUCGAGGCUUGGGACAAGCUCCUGGCUGUCAUGAACACUGUCGUUUUGGGCGUUGCCAAGGAACAGGGGCUGCUUAACGACGCGACGUGAACCAAGGGAGAUAAUCCACACAAAAAGACAUUUACAAGCAAUAUUUUCAGGACCACUUUGCAUUUAGUUGCUCAACAAAGCGUCGAUAGAUCGCGCGGUUGUCGUGUGAUUUGGGCGGAGUCUGUUAAGCUGAUUGAUGUUAAAGGUUAAUGAAUAAACUGUUUAUCAAUUA